AGCCAGUUGUGCCGUAGAAACACGCGUCGCGGCCUGCCGUUCGCUGCGACUUUCGAGUGCUCGUAAAACCGACGUUUUCUCGCUUUGUGCCGCUUUCCUGUGCACCGAAUUUUCUCGCCAACGGACCACCGACGAAUACCAAAGUGCCGUAACCCACUUGACCCCGACGCCCUCAGGUACCACGGUCAAAUUCCGAUCGAAUAUUGCCCAGGAGGAUGGACGUUGAAACCGGGGCCAUUUUGGCCCUACAAAUAUUGGCUCUCUGUUCGAUCGUCGCCGCCCUGUUGGCCUAUCUAAUGCGGCAAUCGAGGAACGCCACCGACGAGUACGAGUCCCGUAACAAACGUCACGUGCUCGUUACCAGCUGCGACACUUGCGUAGGCCUGCAGAUCGCCCUUGCGCUCUACGAAGUUGGUUACAAGGUGUUCGCCGGUCUGCUGGAUCCCUCUGGCAAUUCACCAUCGAUCAAGCUCCUGCGAGCGAUGGAACAGCAGAGAGAACGGGACGAGGAACCGGCGGACGCGACCCUGGGCAAUCCGCAGGAUCCGGAAGUACGUGCUCGUGGCCAAAUCGUGCCAUUGGAGCUGGACCCGACGAGGGAGGACAGUUUACGCGCUUGUUUGGACGCAGUUAGAGCAAAACUUCCGGCUGGCGAGGACGGUCUCUGGGCAGUUGUGCACACCGGCGGCUUGGCUCUUCCUGGUAUUAUAGAGAGGCAGCCGAGUUCCGCGUGGGAAUCCAUGUUGCGACACAACUUGGUCGCGCCGCUUAGAACUGCCAGAGUGUUCACUCCCCUGUUGCGCGCCAAAAGAGGUCGCAUCGUUCUUUUCGGCGAUUCCUCGACAAGCUAUGGGACCAAAGCUGGGACAGGGCUGGUGGCGUACAGCGCCUCGCGGAAGGCCGUGGAAGGGGCUGCAGAGGCAUUAAAGUGCGAGCUACAGUCCUCCGGAGUCGACGUCGUUCUGCUUAAACCACCGCCAGUGAAUCCUCUUAUUCUUUAUAGCGCGCCCGUUCUCAAGACAUCCGACGUAGAAUCUGGGGUAGUGUCAUCCGAGGGAACGUGGACGGCUCCUGUGUCGACUCACUCCAUCCAGAGCUCGUUAAUUCCAGCACUUACGGCACCCUGUCCACGCGACUCUUACGACAUGGCGGCUAAAUCGAGACUUUUCUGCCGAUGAAUCGCCUCUCGAUCGGGUCGGGACGCUAACGAAGGAAGCGUGCUGUUACAUAGAAGACUUAAUUAAUAUCGUGUUAGGUCACGAUCAGCCAGUAAUACUUCGUAAGAGUAAUGAUCGCGAACGGAACCACGUUGACUUAAUAUUAAUUAAUCUUCCUCUGCGCCCGUCGAUGGCCGAUUAGCAGCGUUAACUGCAUCCGUGGCGUCGUUGUUUCGACGCUUUCGGUUUUCAAUAUCUUUUCAGCCUGAACGACGCGCCUGAGGCACAAUA